AUGGACAACGCUCCUUCACACAUUGUUGCUGACCUGGAACUCACCAACAUCACGGUCCAGGUUCUUCCUCCUAAUACGACUUCAAAGGUCCAACCCAUAGAUGCUGGGAUUAUUGCCGCAUUCAAGAGGCACUACCGCCGGCUGCAUCUGCAGAAUGCCUUGGACCGUGACGAGCGCGGAGAAACCAACCUUUACAAGGUUGAUCAGCUCACGGCCAUGCGUUGGUCGCUGGCUGCGUGGAGCGAGAUUUCCAGUGCCACAAUCGCCAACUGCUUCCGUCAUACGGGACUCAUGGACGGUCCAGCUCUGCCGACUGGUGGGGGUGAAAACGAAGCCGGCACUGUUGGCCAGCAGGCCCAGCAGGAGGCAGCAGCUGCUGCAGUAGGGGAGCAGCGCGUGGAACAGGAUCUUGUUUCGGCGCUGGAAAGGCUCCCGCUCCGCAAUCCCAUGUCGAUCGCUUCUCUUCUCAAUCCGGCUGAGGAGGAGGAGACGGCGCAUGCGGAGCUGACCGAUGCCGAAAUCAUCAAGCUUGUUGAGGAUCCGUAUGGGGAGGAGGAAGGUGCUGCUGAGGCGGAGGAGGAGGUGGAAAAGCAUUCGAAGGCUGAAAAGCUUGCCAGUCUUAGUCUAUCCAUCGCCCUUCUCGACCUUUCUCAGGAGUCCCAUCGUAUAGCUCACCGGACCCUUCGCCAAGUCCAAGCUGAUCUCCGUAGUGCGAGCACCACUCAGGCCACACUUGAUUCCUGGCUGAAGUAG